AUGAGUGUCGACGGUAUUGCAGCGACGCUGUCGAGUGAAACCGAUUUCCUAUCCACCAACAACACAGUCAGUAAGCCCAGCCUUCUGAGCAUCCCAGUCGAAAUUCGGUACAAAAUCUACGAGCAUUUUGUGAGUGAUGAGACCACGCCACGUGGGAAGAGGAGGCAACAACAUGUGUUCGAUGUCAACCUGCUACAGGUGUGUAGCCAGAUUCGAUACGAGGCUUGCCAGUUUCUCUCUACUGGCAACCAAUGGGUCAAGUUCACGAGAUACUCUUCUAUGCCGUCAAUACCACCAACCCUUCCCUUUCAUGUGCUUUUCGACGAAGUUCCAUAUGUGCCGGAGUAUUUGGUGCCAGCGGAGAACAAAGCCGAUCUCGAAGACAGAAUAAAGAUACAUCUUAGUGAGAGAGCGACGGAAGAUAUGACACUACAUUCCUGUUCAUGUUUCUUCAUCUGCAGUGAGAUCUCGUGGUUGAACUUCUGCAGUAACAUCGCUUCGCUAACGAGCAUUUCUAUCCCUAAGUCGAUUACGAUGAACUUCAAGAGUCUGAGCAGCAAGGCAGAGGCCAUCUCAGGCUAUUUGUUGCCCCUGCUUCAGAUCAGAGGAGUCGCUUCUGUCACCUUUGAGCCUAAGGACAACCUUCUUGAUAUCUUUGCCCAGAAGAUGCAAUCUCAGCGAACAUCAAUCUACGAAAUUCAAGAAGUGCUCCUGGCUUUUGAGGAAGCUGGCAAUCUGCGCACCGGACUAGCAGCACGAUCCUGCUACAAAGCCGGCUUGCGGAUUGCGAAGCAGCAUUUCGACGGCAUGCUACCUUGGUCAUUGACUAGUCCAGCGAGAGUUUCCGCGCUCGCUAUCGCCAUGGACCUGAUCAACGCUUAUUCAUUAGCUACGCUUAAACACUUGCUCUACAUUAAUGGCCACGACCCUACCAGUUUUGCACACGCAGCUUUCAAUCUUUUGGACGACUGCCUUGUUGCUAGUCAUAUGGUCACAAACUGGAGUGGUGCCUCAAAACGCAACCGAUUCGACGCUUACCGUUGGCGCGCUAAUGCCUACCGUGCGCUCCAAAAUGUGAUGUUUGACCCACCAUCCAAUUGCGAUCCAGAAACCUUGACGCUUUCACCACUCGAGGGUUCCGGACCAAGAGUGCGCCCGACACGUAUCGAGCUCGUCGUUUUGGAAGCAAGAGCAUGCCGUUUGGCUUAUAGGCUGGCACCGGAUGACUUCGAGGAAGAGUUCUGGGACAGUCGAUACAGAGCAGUUCUAUCAAAGCUUGAUAUGCCGAAAAAUAUAUUCGAGAGUCAUACCAAUCUUCUUGGCUUUGGACGCAAGAACGAUGUCUACGAGUCGCAGAUCAUACGACGUUGGACUCGGGAGGAUGUAACGACAACUGCAAGACUGGGCGCUUCAGAAUAUAUGGCCGACUUGCACACUUAUGAAGAUGACGACUUGCGAGGCAUGGCUCAGGAGAUUGGAGUCAAGUAUGAGGACACUCGCGGAUUGUUUAGGCUAUUGGUCCCACAUGAUGAUUGA